AGGAAUCGAUGUUGUUAUCACAAUCCAUGUGUCACAUGAAUCUCCCUUUUUACUUCACACAGUUCAUACCAUAUUUCUCACACUCAAAACACCACCACCACCACUAAAAAUCUCUCUCGUUCUCCCUCUCUUUCUGGUCCUUCAUGGAGUUUGAUCCAAUCUUCCCAGCAGAAAAAAUUCACUUCCUUUCUGGUAUUUUCUCUGGGAUCAAAUCAGAGAUCCCUGUUAUCCCCAUGUCACAAGAGAACAACAACAACACCAUCUGCAUGCACCAAAACAAUUUCAACAACCAUUUUCAGCACCUUCCCCUGAAUGAACCAAACCAUGACCAUAACCACCACCAUCCUACUAUUACAAAAAUUUUCACAGAGGGUUCUAAUUCCUCCAUCCUCACCCCAUUGUUCUGUUUGUCCUCUUCUUCAGGUUACUCAUACCGUAAUGAGUCCCUCAGAGGAGGCUUUGCCAACAACAACAACAACUACAAACACUCCAUCAUGCCUUAUGCACCAAACAGCACCCAAAAUGAACCCAUGCAUGGCCCCAACAGAGCAAUCUGGGAUUUUUCCCAGAAAAUUCCCCUUCAGUACUCUGGUGCAGGUGCAAGUGCAACUUCAUCACAGCCUCAUCAGCAGGUGCAAAGGAGGAGUAAUGGCAAAAUUCAUCAGCACAGGAAUAUGGGCAACAUAAUCAAAGGCCAGUGGAGUGCUGAAGAGGACAGGGUGCUCGUCCAAUUGGUGGAACGCUUCGGGUUCAAAAAAUGGUCUCACAUCGCAAGGUUGCUGAAUGGAAGGGUUGGGAAACAGUGCAGGGAAAGAUGGCACAACCAUCUCAGGCCAAACAUUAGGAAGGAGUCAUGGAACGAAGAGGAGGACAGAAUCCUGAUCGAAGCUCACAAGGAGGUUGGAAACAGGUGGGCCGAAAUCGCAAGGAGAAUGCCUGGUAGGACGGAGAACACCAUCAAGAACCACUGGAACGCAACAAAGCGUCGCUUGAACGCCAAGAGGCUGAGGAACAAGCGCAGGGGUUUGAAGGGACCAACGCUUUUGGAGAGCUACAUAAGGCAAGUCACUGCAAAUGAAGAAACCCAAAAGGAGAUGAUCAAGAAUUCCAUGAGCAACAUGAACCUGAAGGGCGAGAGUAGUAGCAACACCACCACCACUAAUACCAAUACCAAUACCAAUACCAGAUAUCCGCAUCUCUUUCGGGUUUGGUAUGAGAGCUCAGAGGGUGGGUUCAGUUCUGAGGAGGAUGAGGCUGGGUGGAGUGUGCAGCAGCCACAUGGUGUUGGUGGCGGCUAUGUGCCUAUGAUGCUAAAUGCUACUGUGGAAGAUGGCACAAUGGGUUAUGAUGUUGCGAUGGAGAUGGCGCCGGAGGUUCAGAUGAAGAAGGAAAUGGAUCUCAUGGAGAUGAUCAUUAGAAAAGCUUAAGGUGCAAUAUUGUGCAUGAUGAAUUUGGUGUUCUCUCUUUCUUUAGUUUCUUUAAUUACUUUCUGGUUUUAAUUUGCUUUUUUGUUUCUAGAUACCUUUGAAACUGUGGCUUUUGCUUUGUUUGGUUGCCCCAUAUAUUUUAGUUCGUCUUUGAUUGUCUUGUGAUUCUUAGUUCUGAGGUGGUUUUGGCCCCAUCAAGUGGGGUCCACAUUUAGUGUUUUUAAUGUAGGUUUCUUUUACAUUUGUUUUGGUUGUGACUCAAGCUUAAAUGUUACAUGUAUGGAUAUAACUUAUGUAGAAUGUCCCAUGAUGGUGCACAUUUCACUACAAGAAAUAAAGUUAUUUGCCGUGACU